GCGCUGCAGCCUACCCUGGUAACUUCCUUUAUUAAGGAACACGUCAUGUACUGAGCUCUCAGUCUGUGCCACGCACGCUACUUCGCUUCUGCUGGAAGGAAAACACUCACGGAUGACCAUGAUGCUGCGUGUGUGUGUGCUGCUGGUGGUUCUCGCGCUGACUGCCGGAGAGGAGGGUGCACGACUUUUGGCAUCCAAGUCCCUGCUAAACCGCUACGCUGUGGAGGGCCGAGACCUCACCCUGCAGUACAACAUCUACAAUGUGGGCUCCAGUGCUGCCCUGGAGGUGGAACUUUCUGAUGAUUCUUUUCCUCCUGAAGACUUUGGAAUUGUGUCGGGAAUGUUGAAUGUUAAAUGGGACAGGAUUGCACCAGCUAGCAACGUGUCUCAUACGGUGGUGUUACGCCCCCUAAAGGCAGGGUACUUUAACUUCACCUCAGCUUCUGUCAGCUACGUAGCCCAGGAAGGAGGACAAGUUGUGGUGGGUUACACCAGUGCCCCUGGCCAGGGGGGCAUCUUGGCCCAGAGGGAGUUUGACCGGCGUUUCUCUCCUCACUAUCUGGACUGGGCUGCCUUUGGUGUGAUGACUCUGCCUUCUAUUGGAAUCCCUCUGCUUCUCUGGUACUCCAGUAAGAGGAAAUAUGACUCGCCAAAAGCCAAGAAGAACUGAGGACCAGUUCCUGGUUUUGAGGGAUAGAGUGUCGGGACCCGGCCCAUACCUAAACGAAAAGUGGAAAUGGACAGUACCAAGGAAAAUAACAGCAGAACAUCAGAAUAAGAAGCCUAGGAAGUAAAGGGGGGAGUGGAAAUGAACAAAUUUCCAAAAAACAGCACAUCUGUGGUUGCUACUUUUCCAGCUAUGUAAAAUCGUGUAUUGUCAAUUUUUGUAAUCUGAAUUUAAUGUAAAAAUUCCAGAAUGUUCAGUUACAGAUAUUUGUUUUUUCUUCUAAUGGCGCCUGCUUGUUUCUGUUCAUCAGCUUCAAAAUAAGAUUCAGUUCCAAUCUGAAAAUAAGAUUCAGUUUGACCUUCAUAAUGUUCAGAUGGCUGAGUUGUUGGCUUGCUUUGUCCAGGCUUACAGCAGUAUAAAAAGUUCUUUAUUGAGCAAAGGUUUUUUUAUUUGGAAUAUUUUUAACCAGUAUGGUGAGUUUGGUUUACUACACUGUCCACUAUUGAGAGGAUCUUCAAAAAUGUCCCCAGGACAAGAUGAGGUUUUCAGUUUUAUCAGCAUUCUGCUGUUAUCUUCAUUAUGAACAAUUCUAGGUAAAUACAAUCUGAUGUGAAAUUUCUUUUUCUAGUUUUGGAAAAGAAGUAAAACUGAAUUGUCAACAUUAAGAUCUUCAUGACGUUCCCACCAUGCAAGGGAGGAAAUGCUUUUGAACUAUGAAUACAGAAAUACAUUGACAUGUUUAUAGCAUUCACAAUUUUCA